AUGGGCGAUCAUAAACACAAAAAAGAACGAAAAUCAAGCAAGAGAGAACAUGCCAGUAGCACCAGCAGUAGCAGCAGAGACCACAAAAAGCAUAGAAAGAGCAGCUCCUCUUCUCGCCACAAGCACGAAAGAGAACAAGAGAUUGAUUUCUCUGACCCUUCGCUUUGGGUAGAAGCUGCAGGAGCAGCAAAUGACAAUGGCAUUCAGUCAGAGAUUACACCUGCCGACUAUCUCAAAAGCCAACAGCAAGCCAAUGAGGCCAAGCAGCAGCAGCAAGAUGAUGUAUCCGCCAAUAGUAUGAUGCCUAAAGAACAAGAUGCUCGACAUGGCUGGAUGCUGGAUGGUGGUUUGGAUUUUGGGGCCAUGGGAUCAGCACGUAUCAGAGAAGAAGACAAGCCAAAAGCUAAUCCUGAUCUGCCCAAAGUCAGUGAAAGAGAAUUGAAUCAACACUUGGUUCAAGGUGUCAAAUUCGAGGAUUACCCAGAAGAAGAAAAGAAAUCCAUUAAAUUUGGAGAUGCUGGCUCAAAUUGGCGCAUGAUGAAAUUGAAGCGUACAAAGGAACAAGCUCAAGACGAGGGAAGAUCAUUAAGAGAAGUUGGCAUUGAGAAAUACGGGUCUGUAGAGAAAUUUGAAGAAGCUUUGGCUGAAAGAGAGUAUUUGGAUACUAGACGAGGUGGCAGUAGCAGCAAUAGUAGACGAGGCGAUGAAAGACGUAGUCGAGAUAGAGACAAUGAUAAUAGACGUAGCGAUGGUCGCAGAAGUAGAGAGGGUAAUAACGACAGAGGACGUCGAUAUAUGUUCACAGAUACAGAUUCACAACAGAGAUCAUUCAAACGUCCAUCUCCUCCACCUCCCCGCUAUCAAACACAGCCUGCAGCCGGAUCAACACCUCCAGUGCCUGCUCCUCCACCACCUACACCAGUACCUGUUAUACCUCAAAUGGCCUUGCCAGCUCCAAUCCAAGCGCUCACCCGCGACCAACUCAACAAGCUCAAUUCCAAGAUUGUCAAGGCCAAGUUGAUGGGAGCAGAUAAUGUAGAAGCCCUUGAAAAGGAAUAUCAGCUGGAAUUGGAGAAAUUUGAGCAAGCAGAGAAUACAGUCCAAGUGCUACCUCAGCUCGACAGUCAAGGCCGAUUAUACGAUUACGCGUUGAAACAAGGCAACCCAGAGCACGAAGCACUGAAAGGCAAGAAGAAAUACGAGGGAACACACGAUAAAAUCACAGGUGAAAGACUUCGUUAUGGGACAUCCGACGAUACCUUAUCCCUGGCCGAGAUGGUGCGACAAGAAAAGGGCGGCAACAGCAGAUCCUCCAACAUGGACAUGGAAUUUGCCAAUCGCAUCAUGGCAGACGCAGCGUUUGAGAACAAUUUGGAUUAUAUGGACGAUAAGGCAGACAUCAUGGCAUCAAAGAAGGGAGCUACAGAGGAGCAAAAAAUGAGACGUGCAGUAACAGAUUACAAACGUACGCAAGAGACAUUGAGUAAAUGCAAAUUUUGCUAUCAAAAUGGAACCCCUCCUCAGUUGGCUAUGAUUUCGUUGGGAACAACUUGUUAUUUGGCAUUACCGAAUGUACAGGAAUUGACACCUGGCAAUUGCUUGAUUGUACCUAUUCAACAUGUAUCGUCUACUUUAGAGUGCGAUGAUGAUGUGUGGACAGAAAUCAGAAACUUUCAGAAAUGCUUGAUGAAAAUGUUUCAUGAACAAGGCAAAGGUGUUGUAUUCAUGGAGACUGUCAUCAACUUGCGGCAACAACGACACGCAGUGAUUGAAGCUGUACCCAUACCUUACGGUGUCUAUGAAGAUGCACCUGCUUAUUUCAAGGAAGCCAUCAUUGCCUCGGGUGAAGAAUGGUCUCAACACAAAAAGAUCAUUGAUACAUCGGUGCGUGGAUUCCGUCAUUCCAUGGUCCCUAAUUUGCCUUAUUUCCAUGUCUGGUGUGGACUCGAUAAAGGCUAUGGUCAUGUCAUUGAGAAUACAAAGGAUUUCCCCUACUGGUUUGGUAAAGAAGUGAUAGCGGGUAUGAUGGAUCUGGGACCUGAAUUAUGGAGAAAACCUCGGUACCAUCACGCCUCGGAGAAUCAUGCGAGACAACAAGCAUUUAUCAAGUCGUGGGACAAGUGGGAUUGGACCAAAGCGUUAGAAUAA